UAAUCCUUCCCCAAAGGUUAUUUCAUCGGCCGCCACUCAUUGCCUCCUGCGCUUAAACCCCGCCGCCGGUGCGCUCCGCUUCGCCGAUUGCUCCCAUGGCCUCUUCUGGGUUUCUCACCCUCUGCCCCUCAUCUCUUCUCUCCAAACCCGCCUUCCUUCUCUUCCCUCUCCGCCGCCUCUCUUUACUCCGCAUCUCAGCAUCCUCCUCCUCCUCUUCCUCCACAGAAUUCAAAAUCUCCUUCGCUCCCUCCUCCACCAAAUCCCUAGUUCCGGAUCCGUCCCCUCACAACCCUUCGGCCCCUCCCCUACCCCUCGUCAUACCGUGGAUCGUCCGCGACGAGAAUGGCAAUCUAAAGCUUCAGGCCACUCCUCCCGCCGGAUUCCUUCAAGCAAUGUCCGAGCCCAAGCUAUCUCCAAUCAAGAAAAAGAAGAAGAAGGAGCUUGCCUCGGCGCCAAAGCAGUCCAAGGCGGCAAGGAGGUUUUAUAAUCAGAAUAUUAAAGAAUCUAAAAGGCUCAGCAAAGUUCUUGCCGCUGCCGGAGUGGCGUCCAGGAGGAGUAGUGAGGAGUUGAUAUUUGGAGGGAAAGUGACAGUUAAUGGAUCUGUGUGCACUUCUCCACAGACACGGGUUGACCUUUCAAAGGAUUCAAUCUAUGUUAAUGGGAACCGUCUUUCUAAAAGGCUGCCUCCAAAGUUGCAUUUUGCUCUUAACAAGCCAAAAGGGUACAUUUGCUCGAAUGGUAAAGAACCGAAAUCCGUAGUUUCCUUAUUUGAUGAUUACUGGAAGAGUUGGAAUAAAACAAAUCCUGGCUUACCAAGGCCCCGAUUGUUUACUGCUGGACGGCUGGAUGUUGCAACUACUGGCUUGAUUAUCGUUACCAAUGAUGGUACUAAUAUUCUUUUAUUUCAGAAAAAACAAAGGAAAAGUGUCGCUCUCCCCCAAGAAUAUAUCGCAACUAUAGAAGGUGCUAUUCAUCGAAGACACCUGAUUGCUAUAAGUGAAGGCACAGAAGUUGAAGGCGUGCAUUGUGUGCCUGAUUAUGUGGAACUUCUACCUGCACAGCCAGAUGCCCCAAGACCUAGACUUCGCAUAGUGGUUCAUGAAGGCAGGAAUCAUGAAGUGCGUGAAUUGAUAAAAAAUGCUGGACUUCAGAUUCAUUCACUAAAACGAGUGAGGAUUGGUGGAUUCCGGCUUCCAUCAGACCUAGGACUAGGCAAGUACAUGGAACUCAAGGAAGCAGAUCUUAAACUGUUGGGUAGACAGAUUCAGCGAAGCACCUAAACAAUGAACCGUUGAAUCUUGAGCUGUCUCAAUUCUCAAAUGAAAGAGAAGCUUGCUCAAAUCAGAGGCAUUUCGAUGGGCUUUCAUGAAAAAGCCUAAUCGUUCACAUUUGCGGAGUGGGCUUAGUAACGUUGAAGUGUACAAACAGAUAAUAGUAAGUAGUAUUUGAUGUCUACAGAAUUUGGAAAGAAAAGAAAGUAAUCUUAAAUGUAUUUAUUUCAAAAUAUAGUGCCUUAUAACAUAGCAUUCUAUAUCUAUUCA